AUGGAUAUGAAUGGCAUGUCUGGUGAACCCAUUCCUGAAGGCGCAGGAAUGGAUACACAAGUCAGUUAUCCGAGACCUAAACCUAAGCCAAUGCCAAAGUUUGAAAUUACCGAAGAUAUUGUUAUUAGCGGUAUUUCCGGGCGAUUCCCGGAGUCCGACAAUAUGGAUGAGUACGCACACAAUCUUUUCAGUAAUAUAGAUAUGGUUACCGCAGAUGACCGUCGAUGGCCUAUUGCUUUUAACGAUGGUCUGGGCUCUCGUACGGGUAAACUCAAGCAGAUCGACAAAUUUGAUUCAUCCUAUUUCAGUACACUUACUUUAUUGGCCGAUGCAAUGGACCCACAGGCGCGCAUUAUGCUUGAGACCACUUAUGAGUCCAUUAUAGAUGCCGGUGUCUGUCCUCAGUCACUCAGAGGUACCAAAACUGGUGUCUACGUUGGCAUUAAUACAGUCGCCUGUGCGGAUGGCUUACCUCAGGACGACUACAAUGACUGUCGCAGAAAAGAGGCGGCACUUUGGGUGUAUGGGUCGGCCAAACCCCUGUACGCCAACAGAAUAUCAUUUUUGUUUGACUUUCACGGUCCGAGCACUUUGAUAGACACUGCCUGUUCAGCCUCAAUGGUAGCCCUGACUAAUGCAUUACAAGACAUUCGUACGGGAAAUUGUGAUGCGGCUAUAGUGGCCACUGGCAAUCUAACUCAGGCCCCGUUUUCUAACGGUAUAUAUCAAUCCAUUGGUUUACUCGCAUCGGAUGGCAAAUGCAAAGUAUGGGAUAAAAAGGCCGACGGAUUUGUGCGAUCGGAAACCGUGGGAUCAAUAUUUCUGCAGAAAAGAAGUGAUGCCAAACGUGUUUACGCCACUGUAUUACACGCAAAGACAAAUACAGAUGGCUUCAAAUCAAUUGGUCUGUUUUCGCCAUUUUGGUUAAGACAAAGAGAUCUCAUGAUUGAGACAUAUCAAGAGGCAGGCGUUGAUCCCAACGAAAUUAAGUUCUUUGAAUCUCAUGGCACCGGUACUAAUGUUGGCGAUCCACAGGAGGCUAAAGCUAUUGCUGACGCUUAUUGUCACGAAAGAAAGGAACCUUUACUUUUAGGAGCCGUUAAAAGUAAUUUAGGUCACAGCGAGGGCUCAUCGGGUUUGUGCUCAUUGGCCAAAGUUAUAGUGGCCUUUGAAAACAAAUGCAUUCCCGCUAAUCUUCAUUAUGAAGAACCAAAACCUGAGAUCGAGUGUGUCGUCAAUAAAACACUGAUUCCAGUGAUGAAAAACACUCCCUUCGAGAACGGUAUUGUUGGCGUCAACUCCUUUGGCGUCGGAGGUGUUAACGCACACGCAUUGCUUAAGUCCAAUGAAAGAGAGGCAACAGAUGACACCUAUAAUAUUUGUGAUCCCAUUCCUCGUCUGGUGAAUGUCUCGGGAAGAAAUGAAGCGGCCGUUAACUAUAUCUUUGAUUUUAUUGAAAAUAAUCCAAAGAAAGUACACAAAGACUUUUUGGCACUUCUUGGAGAAUCAAUGAAAACACAGAUAAUUAAGGGUUCAUCAAAUUUUCCGUACAGAGGAUAUAUGAUUGUUAAAGAAAAGUCUAAUGAAAACAGUUCUCUUAAACAAUAUGAAUACGAGCGCACCAUUUGUGACGCCAACAGACCUAAUCCAGUAUGGCUUUGCUUCUCCGGAAUGGGCAGUCAAUGGACAGGAAUGGCAAAAAAAUUGAUGCCAAUUAAGACAUUCUCAGAUACACUCAAACAAUGUGCCGCAACUCUUGAACAGUUUGGUAUUGAUUUGUGGCAUCUAUUGCUUAGCGAUGACGACACGGCCCUUAAAAAAUGUCCGACCAAUGCUUUUGUUGCCAUCACAUCCAUGCAAAUAGCACUUUAUGAUACAUUUUGUUUAUUGGGUAUUGAAGUGGUUGGCAUUAUUGGUCACUCAUUUGGUGAAGUCGCCUGUGCUUAUGCUGAUGGAUGUCUAACAUUAGAGCAGACUGUGCUGACAGCCUAUUGGAGAGGAAAAAUCGUAGAAACUUCAAAACUACCCAAAGGAAUGUUGGCUGCGGUUGGUAUGACAUGGGAUGAAACAAAGAGACGGUGUCCCGACGGUAUUGUAGCCGCAUGUCAUAAUGGAAGCGAUUCGGUCACCAUUUCUGGUCUUUACGACAAUAUGGCAAAGUUUGUCGAACAAUUGAAAACUGAAAAUAUUUUCGCCCGUGAAGUGGCCGGCGGGGACUUUCCAUAUCACAGUCCUUUCAUGAAUAUAGUGGCCGCACCUUUGAUUGAAGCACUCAAUAAAGUCAUUCCUAAUCCUAAACAAAGAAGUGAGCGCUGGGUCUCCACUUCUUUCCCAAGAGAGCAGUGGGAAUCAGAAACAGCUAAAUAUGCUUCAGGCGAAUAUUUUACAAAUAAUAUGAUAAGUCCGGUGCUAUUCAAUGAAGGCAUGAGAGAAAUCGGCAAAAACUCGUAUAUUAUAGAAGUGGCGCCGCAUUCACUCUUUGAGUCAAUUUUCAAGAGAUGUUUCCCAUCCCUGACAUACACUGGACUCAUGAAGCGCACCGAAUCAGAUAAUCUGACUUUCUUUAUGUCGGCCAUCGGACGUCUAUUUACAUUAGGUUUGAAUCCUACAAUUGAAAAUUUCUAUCCAAAAGUUGAAUGGCCAGUAUGUCGGGGAACACAAUCAAUCAGUUCACUGAUGAAAUGGGAUCACGAAAGAUGUUAUGAGGUCAAGAAGUUUCCAGAGUUUCACAAUUAUGCGACCGCUUCGGACUUUGUCAUGAAGUUCUCAUUACUCGAAGCCGAUUGGAAUUUCCUUAAAGACCACGCCGUUGACGGUCGGGUCAUAUUUCCGGCCACAGGUUAUCUGAUGAUGGCUUGGAGACGAUUGGCUGCCAUGAGAGGACAGCCAUGGAUGAAGACACCGGUGCACUUCGAGAAUGUCAGGUUUUAUCGGCCGACACUGUUAUCCGAAACAACUGAAGUUAAAUUCAUAAUCCGAGUCCUCGAAGGAACGGGAGAUUUCACCAUUUCGGAGAACAAUGCUAUUGCUUGUACAGGUAAAGUGUCGAUACCUGAAGAUCCGAUUCUUGAAAUGCAAGAUCAGUUAGACGAAGAAAUUAAUGAAGACAAAGAUGACGAAAAAAUGCAUGAAAUUUUGUACAAUAAAGACAUUUAUAAAGAGUUAAGAAUUCGUGGCUAUGAUUACGGUCAGAAAUUUCAAGGAUUGGUUGAGGCCAGAGGUGAUGGCCGACGCGGUAAAGCCAAAUGGACCGGUCAUUGGGUUAGUUUUGUCGACUCAGUUAUGCAUUUAGCACUCGUGGCUCUACCCAUACGUACAUUAUUCAUACCGAUUGGCUUUCAAUCCAUACGUUGCGAUCCAAACGUUUUGUUUGAAGCCAUAGAAAAAGUUAAAAAAGAAAAAGAAGAAGAAACAGAAGAUAAUGAAGAAAAACCAGAAUUUUUCUAUUUUAGAGAAAAUAAUAAAGCGAAGGGUUUGGAUGAGAUUAAUACCGAAGAAGACAUCAAAGGAACGGAGAUUAUUAGUGAGAUUAGACCAGACAUGGAUGAGAAUGAAACUAAAGAAGCAGAUUAUGUGGUAAAACAACAAAUUAAAGCAGCGAUGGGUAAUGAAGACAAAAUAUCUAUACUUCCCGUUUCAUUUGAUCUGAAUUUUAGAUCAAUUGUCACCAGAGGUCUAGAAAUAAAAGGUUUUAUUCCAGUGAAUGUUCCGCGAAGACCGGGACAACAAGGAUUAACUCUCGAGAAAUACGAUUUUAUACCACAUUUCGAGGAUAUGGCUAUUGAGAGUCCAUUUAAAGAUAAUCUCAUUGAAUACAUAUCUGUUUGCUGUGCUUUGGCUGAAAAGGUGUCACAAAUUACUCCUAAAGUUAGUAAACCAGUACUUAAUGGUUAUAAAUCAGCCAACGAGGCACUGGUCAAGAAAUAUACAGAGAUUCCAGAAGACAACUGGAGACUAAUGAAAUUGUUGAAGGAAUUGGUUGAUCUUAAAAUGGAUUCAAAUCAAAAUGUAAUCGACGAAAACAAGAAAGAAUCGGUUGAUCUUGAAGUUGCCAUCAAAGAAAUCAUUGAAAAGACAGAGAAUAAUUUGACCACAGAUUUGAUUAAUACUGUCAAUACAAGUGAACGAUUUAUUCGGCCGUUUGUAGACUUAGUUCUUGAAAAUAGUACCGAUAAGACACAGAUGAAGGUAUUGGAGAUGAAUGCCAGUCAAAGUGUUUUUGGACAUCAAUUGAUUAAUAAAAUUAAAGACUCGUGUAUUGGACUUAUUAAUGUUGAUUACACUAUUGUCAAUACCUGUCCAUCCAAUAUACCAGAAGAAACAAAAGCAUUGAACCUGAAGACACUGGAAUGGGAUUUGAAUACAAAUCAGUUUAUUAAAGAUAUCCAAUCGCUUGACUUAUUGGUCUAUCAAAUGACAAACAAAGUUGUUAACUCUUGGAAACUUGAAGAUCAGAUCCACGCUUUAAGUGAUACACUUAAGUUCAAUGGUUUCCUAUUUUUAAUGGGAAGAUCUAAGUUAACGCCACCAGAAAAUACUGUUUACGAAUUAUUAGGACAAAACUCAAGUCACGGAAUCUUAUCGGUCAAAGAAUUGGACAGAUUUAUAGAGUUGGCGCCGAAGGCCGGUCUCAAAUUAGUCGGAAAAAAGAGUGACUCUUAUACUACUAACAUAGCUGUCUUCAGAAAAGUUAUGACAGAUAGAAGAAAACCAAUUGUUUUGAAUAUACCUAAUGGUAAUUAUGAGGAUUGGGUCGAACCGCUUAAGAAGAUAGUGGUUGAGAACAAGGAUUCAGACGAUCCUAAAAAUAUAUGGCUUGUGGCCAAUGACUCGCCAUAUAACGGCACUAUUGGUCUAUUAAAUUGUUUGCGUCAGGAAUCGGGGGGUGUUUUUGUUCGCUGUAUCUUUGAUUACGACCAGAAAUUGGAUAAAGAGGUGGACUUCGAGAAAAGUCCUUACAAUGAAUUGUUUGAAACAGAUUUAGUUUGCAAUAUAUUUAAAAAUGGAAAGUGGGGUUCACUGAGACACAUACUAUUACCGGAGGAACAGGAGACCAUUGACUCAGAACACGCUUAUCUCAAUGUUGUCACUCGAGGAGAUAUGUCGAGUUUGAAAUGGUUUGACGCACAUCACAAGUAUUUCCCAAAUUUGGCCGAAAAAAAUAAGAAGGAACAGGAAGUUCUCUGUAAUGUCUAUUACUCAGCCCUUAAUUUUAAAGAUGUGGUGUUAGUGUCCGGUAAAAUACAACCGGGACCUGAAGGUGCACUCUUUGACUGUAUAAUUGGUUUGGAAUUUGCAGGACGUCGUAGUGAUAACGGAAAGAAAGUGAUGGGAAUGGUUCCCUUUAAAGGUAUUGCAACAACACUUCUUACUUACAAAGACUACUUGUGGGACGUUCCCGACGAUUGGACUUUAGAGGACGCGGCCACUGUUCCCGUGGUGUACACAACAGCUUAUUAUGCACUUAUAAUGAGAGGCAGUCUUCAAGAGGGAGAGUCUGUUUUGAUUCAUUCGGGUGCCGGUGGUGUGGGACAGGCGGCUAUAUUUAUAUGUCAAAGUAUGGGAUGUGAAGUGUAUGUUACGGUUGGAAAUGAAGAGAAACGUCAAUUCAUUAAAUCCAAGUUCGGUAUCGAUGACGACCACAUCGGCAAUUCACACGAUGUCUCAUUUGAACGACAAUUUAUGACUAUUUCCAAAGGCAAAGGAGUUGAUGUCGUACUUAAUUCACUAACUGAAGACAAACUACAGGCAUCGCUUCGUUGUCUGGCACCAAAUGGACGGUUCUUAGAGAUUGGCAAAUAUGAUAUGCAAAUGAAUAAAAACUUAGGUUUAUUUGCAUUUUUAAACAACAUAUCAUUUCAUGGCGUUGGUCUCGACUGCAUCUUCCGUGAGGGACCCUCUUCUAAGAAGUUGCAGUCAUUUAUGAAAGAAAUAACACGACUUCUUAACGAUGGUAUCGCAAGAGGUGUUGUUAAGCCCAUAGAGAAGACUGUAUUCAAUGUGAAACAGUCUGAACAAGCCUUCAGAUAUAUGACAACUGGCAAACACGUGGGCAAAGUGUUAAUCAAAAUACGAGAUGAAGAACGGGAACAGAUUGUGAUAACACCAAAGCCAUUGGUGGUUAAGGCAACCACAAGAACUUGGUUUCAUCCGAUCAAAACAUAUAUAAUUAUCGGUGGUUUGGGUGGUUUUGGUCUUGAAUUGGCGUAUUGGACAGUAUUAAGAGGCGCCAAGAAGUUGAUAUUGACUUCAAGAACUGGCAUUAAGAAUGCAUACCAACAGUUAUACUUAAAGAGAUUCAAAGAGUUUGGAAAACUUAUUGAAGAUUAUAAAAUAGAUAUAACAAUUUCAACGCAUAACUUAACCACUUUAGAGGGAACUAACGCUUUGAUAGAUGAGGCCAAUACUAAGGGACCGGUAGGCGGUGUCUUCAACUUAGCCCUUGUCUUGAAAGACGCUAUGCUUGAGAACCAAACCGCUGAAACAUUUAGAGAGUGUUGUGAACCAAAACUGGAAGGUUUGCUUAACUUGGAUGUCGUGACACAAAAGAAAUGUCCGGAAUUGGAUUAUUUUGUUGCGUUUUCAUCGCUGACUUCAGGUCGCGGUAACGCCGGUCAAACCAAUUAUGGUUACGCCAACUCUGGUAUGGAAAGGAUUUGUGAGAUUCGAAGGGCUAAAGGACUUCCCGGCCUUUCCAUUCAAUGGGGUCCUAUUGGUGACGUUGGUAUUGUUGCUGAACAGCUGUUAGCCUCCGACGAAAAGGCAGAUAUGAUGAAACUGUUUGCUGGUAUUCUUCUACAACGCAUCUCUUCAUGCUUUGAUGUGUUGGACCGUUUCAUGCAAUGUCCAAAUGCUGUGAUGGCAUCCACUGUUAAAGCAGAUCUCGAGCAUCAGUCAGGCACUUCUGAAGAUGAAGUUCUUCAUCAGUUAUGUAAUCAUUUGGGAAUUGAUAAACGACCAAAUGAUGAAACAUUAGGUGACGUUGGGUUGGAUAGUAUGGCUGCUGUCGAGAUUCAACAACGUCUUGAAAGAGAUUAUGAUAUUUCUCUUGCAUUAUCUGACAUAAAGAAGAUCACUGUGGGUGAGCUUAAAGAGUUUAGAGAUGGCAAGAAAGACAGUCUUAAGCAAUACGCCGCCGACAUUAAGAAAGCCAGAGCUAAUCUCUCGCAGAUUAAGUUUGAUAUCCCUAACGAACAAACAACUCUUAUUAAUGAAGUCAAGACAGGAAAACCCAUAUUCUUUUUGCCCCCAAUUGAGGGUAUCUUUGAAUCAUUGAGAGCGUUGGCUAAAGAGUUAGACCGACCGGUUGUGGCAUUAAAUUGGAUGAAAGCAAUGCAAGAGAUUAAGGAUAUCAAGAAAGUUGCCAUUUAUUAUAAAGAAAAACUCAAACAAUUGGCGCCCGAAGGAGAUUAUGAUUUAGUCGGACAUUCAUUUGGAGCCGUUAUUGGCAUUCAAAUGUGCCGCAAGAAAGUUCCGAUUAGAGCAUUGGUAUUACUCGAUCCGUUUGAUCCAACAGGUCUUCAGAACCAAGACUGGAAUAUUGAUGAACGCUUUGAAAUGGUAUUUACUUAUCUGAAGGCUUACAUACCGGAGCGUAUCAUUAAUCAGAUCCAAAAGGAUGUGAUGGAGAUUAAGGGAGAACAGGCGCGCAUCACUAAACUCAUUGAACUAAUGAAACAUUACGGAGGAAAACAUUUACACGGAAAGGACGUCGAAGAUAUCAUCAGAGGUUCAUUUGAAAGGGCAGAUAUGGUCAUCAAAUACAAGAAGAAGAAUAUCGAAAAAAUGAAAUCCAUAUCACAGACACAUUCGAGUAAAGUGGUGAAGAAGAAACUCAAACAAGUGACCACAGAUGUGUCACUCAUCAAACUUCUUAAAAAGGAAGAAGACUUUCAAGUGCUUCAGGAAACAGCUCUCAAUAGCUAUGGCUUCAGGAGAGAGGACUUUGUCGGCCGUUUUGAUGUCUAUACCGUAUUGGGAUCUGAGGCCGACUUUUUGACUACUCAUCUCGAGAAAGUCACUGAAACUAUUACAUCGAAAUUAAAUAAAAAAUAA